ACAUUUCAACUUCCAAAUAACCGUCCUAAUUUAUCGAUAAAAUGGCGAGUGGAAGACGUUUCUGGGUUGGUGGAAACUAUAAGAUGAAUGGGAGCAAGGCGUCAAUCGACGGACUUCUGAAGAUGCUGGAAGAAGCCCAGAUUCCUGGAAACACCGAUGUUGUCGUUGCGCCACCCACUGUCUACCUCGACUACAUGAACUCCAAGAUCCCGGCAGGAGUCUUUGUGGCUGCCCAGAACUGCUACAAGGUCCCCAAAGGAGCCUUCACGGCGGAGACAUCCCCUGCCAUGCUGCAGGACCUGGGCGUAGGAUGGGUGAUCCUGGGCCACUCUGAGAGGAGGCAUGUCUUUGGAGAGUCUGAUGAGUUGAUUGCACAGAAGGUCGCCCAUGCUCUCAGCUGCAAACUCAAGGUGGUGGCAUGCAUCGGAGAGAAGCUGGAUGAGAGAGAAAAGGGUCAGACCAACGAGGUAGUCUAUCGCCAGAUGAGAGCUUUAGCCGAUGUGAUCACUGACUGGGGCAACGUAGUCAUCGCUUACGAGCCGGUCUGGGCCAUUGGGACGGGUAAGACGGCCACGCCACAGCAAGCACAGGAGGUCCAUCAAAACCUGCGCUCUUGGUUAACAGAACAUGUGAAUGCAGCAGUCGCGGCCAAUACACGGAUUGUAUACGGAGGUUCAGUAAAUGGUGGUAACUGCUGUGACAUAGGACAGCAACCUGACGUAGAUGGCUUCCUGGUGGGCGGGGCAUCGCUGAAGCCCGAGUUCAAACAGAUCAUCGCUGCAGGAAGCGCAUAA